UUGAAUCUCAUGUAGGACUAAUCGGCUAUUGCUUACUAAAAUCAGAUCAGUCGUGACUGAUAAAACAUGCCUACCUCAGAUGGCAAGAAGAAUUAGUUCUGAGUUAUUUAUUAGCAGUAUGCAUCUCUUUUUCGGUUUUAUUUGUUUUUUUCUCCGACUCUCUGGAUUGUUUUUGUUUUUGAAUUUCUAAUAUCGAAUAAGUCUCGAUUAUCUGAGGCUAGGAUUGUCAAUUUACAUCGCCACCGAAGAAUUGAAAAGUGUUUCAGUGCAGCUAGGCUUAUCAAAGACCCAAGAACACAAAGGCUAAAGGAUUUGCUUCUGUGAAAUUUGCAUCAGAAGUCAAUGCCUGGAAUGCAGUGAAAGCUAUGAAUGGCAGAUUACACUAAAUCAGAAGAAAUAACAUCCUGAAAAUCGGUCAAUUUUCUUUACAUAAAAGAUCUGUGCGGUAUAUCUAAGCUUGGUACCCAAAUUCAGUUCACAUGGGAGAACUUUUGGUAGUUUCACAGUCAUCUUUACUGUUGUUGCCCCAGCUUCAACUUGGAGUCCCAAAUCGACGACUGGUUUCCAUUGGUCGUAUCCAGGCAUCAUUGUCAGAGAACUCAUGUAUGCGAUUCUGUUCAACAAGGUUGGUUACAAUUCCCGCCAUUUAUGCACAGCCAAAGCCAGUUUCCCGGGGCAUGAGAGUCCAUGUUGUUUCAGACUCUAAGAUGCCUACUACAUUUACAGUUGAUUCAGCUGGGGAAGGUAUUGACGUCCUCCCAGAUUCUGGUGGCUCUAAUGAUGAUCUUGGUGGUCCAAAAGGCGGUGGUGGUGGUGGAGGCGGCAAUGAUGGCGGUAAUGAUAAUGGGGGCAGUGAGGGAUCUGGCGAAAGUGAUGAUCAUAAGGGCGGUGACAAGAAAGCGAAGGCACUUUCAAUGUCCCAAAAAUUGACACUUGGUUAUGCUACCUUAGUCGGAGUUGGUGGAAUUAUGGGCUACUUGAAGAGUGGAAGCCAGAAGUCUCUGAUUGCGGGCGGAGGAUCAGCCUUGCUACUGUAUCUUGUUUACACAAUGCUUCCUACUUACCCCGUUUUGGCAUCUUCUCUUGGGUUUGGGAUGUCUGCUUCUCUUCUAGGAGUGAUGGGUUUGCGCUUUAAGAAGUCGAGCAAGAUUUUUCCAGCUGGUGUCGUCUCCUUUGUAUCGCUUGUCAUGAGUGGCGGCUAUUUGCAUGGAAUUUUGCGUAGUGUGCACUGAUUAUGUGUUUCACUUUAGGCACUCUCUUUGUUGCUUUGUCCUCUAUGAACACUGUCUGAUGUGUAGAAGUAAUAAUUCUGUAUGCUUUGCAUUUUAUGUUUCCGAGCAUGGAACUUUGUCGUCGUACCUUUUCUCAGACAACUAUAAAUUUGCUAUUUGUACUUAUGACGAUUUAUUUGUUCCAAUAGUUAUUUAACUUAGAUUCA